GCUUACCAUAUUUAUUUUAAUACCAACAAUUAUCAUGAGCGGUCACAUUAGAGUGGUUUAUAGUCGACCAAAUUGUUUAACUCACACAUACACAUACACGACCAUACAUAUGUGUGUAUACACUAAUUUGUAAAGCCAACGAGUGUAAAUAUUUUAUUGAAUGGUUUGUAGACGUUCUGGCAUAGUGUCCAACAAAUUUCAAAAUGGACCGAAUUUGCCGGGUUUGCAUGGACAGUUCAGUUACGUUGGUGGACAUAUUCGCCCAACGUCAGCAGCCAUCGCAAAAAGAGCCCGACCUGGCUGAAAUGCUAAAUGUAUUUUGCACUGUGAAACCGAAUGAUUUGCUGCCCCAGCAGAUUUGUUUAUCAUGUGUGCUUGCCACCCAGAAUGCCUACAAAUUCAAAUGCACUUGUGAGGAGAGCAAUCGACAACUUUUGCAACUGCUCACAAUAAAGAAACAACAGCAACAAGAACAAAUUCAACAACAACAACAACAAGAAAACAUUUCCACACAAUAUAUAGUUCCCCUGCGACGAUGCUGUUUAUCAUAUCGCGGAGUUGCCCGUGAACUUAAAUUGUGUCAAGAAGGAGCAGUAUCCCGCGAUGAUGAAGCACCUAGCUCUACAUUCCGACAACAUCCGCCAUUAUUUGUGAAAUCUAAGGAAACACCCUUAAGAAAACGCAGAAAUAAGUAUAAAGUAAAGAGCAACAAACUGGGCUUGGAUGACAAGUGCCGAUACUGUGACAAAGCUUUCUCCAGCUCUUAUGCAAAGCGAUUACAUGAGAAACGACAUACGGGCGAGAGAUCACAUAUAUGUAAUUCUUGCGGCAAAGGUUUCAUACGUAGUCACGAUCUCAAGAUACACAAUAAACGUCUUCAUACUGACGAACGGCCAUUUCAAUGUCAGCUUUGUCCACGAUCCUUCAUUGCCAAUCAUCUACUUAGAACCCAUAUGAAGCAACACAAAUAUCGCUGUGAUCUCUGUCCCUCUUACUUUAAACUACAAUCUAAGCUACGAAUACAUAUGGCAGCGUCGCAUGUUACAAAUGAUGAGAUUACUAAUCAAAGGAUUCGCAAAUGUAUUGUGCAGCCGAAAUCUAAAGGACUUCCAGCCUUGGAACGAGGAUUACGUGAUAGAUUAGCGCCUGUUUCAUACGAGGAACUAGAUAUGGACUGUGAAUUGAAUGAGAUAGACACGCCUUUGAAUUACAACGAAUUGAAGUGUGACGCUCGCGAUAAUCUCUCCGAUAUUUCCGAAGAUAAGCCUAAAACCUUUGUGAAACGCAUAGACAAAUAUUUUUGUGACAUCUGUGGAAAGGGAUUUCCCCGAAAAUACGCGUUGACCCAACACUACCGAUGCCACACAGGCGAACGUCCCUACAAAUGCAGCAUGUGUCCUAUGGCAUUUACCCAAGGACAUUCGCGAAAGCGCCACAUGCACAGGAAACACAGCAAUUAUAUUAAUAAGGAAUUACAGAUUCCGCCUUUGAAACGAGUUGUCGUUCGAGUUGCUCGCUUGCAAUUGUCACAUUUACUCGCUCUCAAAUGCAUCCAGAUGACUGAAGAAAACGCUAUCAAAUAGAAUGUUUCAAAAUUGAACACCAUUGAA